AUGGAUUGUGCUGUGGAGAGGGAAGAAAAUGGAGAUAUCCUAGAACUGAACAGUUUAGUCAGGAUUAGGGAUGAUGCUGCUGAGAGGGGAGCUCUUGAGGAGUGUCAAUGUACUAUUGACACUGAAGAAAAGGAAGAAAAAGAAGAUGACAGCAAAUCUAAGAGAAAGCAGUGUAUUUGCAAACUAUGUGAUGAAAUGUUUCUAUCCAAGAAAAAUUAUAGGGAGCACGUGUAUAAAUGCCACCCUAUUAAAGAGGAGGGAGUUUGUUUAUUUUGCAAGAAAUCCUUGCCAAAGACAUCCUCAUCUGGUGAUUGUAGGAAAAACAGCUUUGCUCAGCAGGAUGACCUACAGUCUCACAUACAAACCCACACUGAGAAAACACUUUAUCAUUGUAAUCUAUGCAAUAAAAAUUUUUCUCAAGCCAGCAGUCAUAGAACUCAUAUGAAAACACAUAAUGAAAAUUCACACUUUGAAUGUGAUUCUUGUGGAGAAACAUUUACUUUGAACAGUACACUUCAGGUUCAUCUAAUGAAACACCAAAAGGAUAAGGCAUACAAAUGCACAUUGUGUGAAAAAUGUUUUACUCACCCUAGCACCCUUAAGACUCACAUGAAAGUUCAUACAAACGUUAAACCUUCCCCAAGUGCUGGUGAAAGUGGGGAGUCAAUUCGGGUGAAAGCUUCCCCAGGCAGGCCAAAAAGCAAGAAAAAACAGCACCAAUGUGAAGUCUGUUCAAGAAUUUUCACUCUAAAAAAUACACUGAUUGUACACAUGAGAAGGCAUAGCGGAGAAAAACCUUUUAAGUGCUCUGUUUGUGAAAAGGGUUUUUCACAGUCAAGCACCCUAAAAAUUCAUAUGCGAACUCACACUGGUGACAAACCUUAUAACUGUGGCAUUUGUGGACAGAAGUUUACCUAUAACUAUGCUUUGCAGAAGCAUGCAUUAAUACACAGAGAGGCAGCUGAUACAGAAGAAGAUGGUUCAGAAUAUGAUUUGGAGGGUAACAUUUUUGAGUUGGGUGCCUAUGAUGAUGAUGAUAUAGCUGCUAAUAAAGCCCAGUAUGAAGAAGUGAAAAGGAAGAUUUUCCAGACUCUAGCUAGAGCAAAAGCUCGAAUAGCGCAAGCUAAUGGAGGGAGUGCUGAAAAUGAUGAGGAAGUAAGUAGAGAUACAGAUAGUAAUGAAAGUAAUUAG